GAUGAGUCAAGUGAAGCAGUGGCUCGGAAUGGCGACGCGAAUGGCAGCAGCUGGCCGGUUGCUGAUGCCGGCAAAGUUGAUGGCGGUGAUGUUAGCAUGCGUCGAAGUCAUUGUGAUGAACGAUACCAGGUUUUGCGCUGUUCUAGCGCCCAUUCCGGUGACCUAACCAAUCAGCUCAGUCCCUUAUCGGUAUCCGGUGGGUCACCUUCUGCUGAUAUCAAGCGUCACAGUCAGUUGAGAUUAGAGAAAGAGCUCAAGAGGAUGACAGAGGAAUUGAAGCUGAAAGAUGACGAGGUGGAAAAGUUGUCUCGUGUGAGAGAUCAAGUCGUAGAAGAACUAGACGAGCUAACAUCAAGCUUAUUUCAGGAAGCUUAUGAUAUGGUCAAUACAGCUAAGGCGCAACAGGCAGCAGCAGAAAAGAAAAUGCACGAGAGUGUCGGAAAGGUUGAAAUAUUGCAAGCCGAGGUAUCUGCACUAAAGCAAAUGAUACGAGCAACUCAGUCUUCUCAAUCGACAACAUUGACUCAAAACGAGAAAUUACGCGUCGAUGGGAAAAAUGAUGUGAAUGCUGAGUAUUUCCAAGAAUUUAGGGAGUGGCUAGAAAGGCCAUCUCUUAGUCGAGAGAAUGGAUUUCUAGCAUCUUGCUACAGAGAUGACGUUCUUCCCUGCAUUAGAUUCAAGAACAAAGAUUUUGCAGAUAACAUUCUCGCUGCUAUUGAGCAAAACAAGCUGUGCAUGGAAGCUGUAGCACCACACGUGUCAUGCCCCAAUUACUGCACUUUGUCUGGUCCGUCUUCCAAACCAUGCAAGUUCCAAGUCAAAUUGGAUGACGGCAAUACGUGGCACUUCAUCAGCAGUAGAGCAAGGAACAAGGUAGCAGCGGUCUGCAAUUUCUACUCGUAUUUAAGAUAUAUCACACAAGGCAUAGUUAAGACUGAUGUUCAUAGCAUGUUCAAAGAAGUAAUUCGUUUACAAGCUGAGAUGGCACUUUGCAGACUGGGGGUGGUUGCCAAAUAUUGAGCUGUCUUCAUCACUUUGUUUCUCAGCAAGUGACAAUGUAAUCACUGUCUGACAAGGUUAUUGUUAUACUGACCUAGAAUUUUAAUAUCAAGUUGUUUUUCAUACUAAAUUAUUUGUUGGUCUAAUUAUGGAUCAUGACUGUAUUGGUUGAAUUCUUGUAUUCGUUGAUAUCAGAACAAGCAAUUAAGGCAGCAA